AUGGAUUUCCCCAAAAGGACACAUCUUUCCUUUACUUCUCUCAUAUUUCUUCUGCAUCUUUGCGCAAUUACAUUUGGCGUGACUGAUACUAUCUCCAGGACCCAACCUCUUUCAGGCGAUCUAACUAUUGUGUCAAAAGAAGGAAUUUUGAGCUUGGAUUGUUCUCUCCAGGAUUGCAAUAUCUGGAAUAGUGAACUCUGGGAUCUUAAACAAUUACCUAAUGGUAAUACUGAUGGUUUAGAUAUGUAUAUACGUCUUGCAGCAUCUGAUACUCUAGUUCAAGAUAGUGAAAAGAAGGCACACCAUGUUAGGCUUAUUGUGUUAAUUGCAGUGCUGGGUAGUAUUUUUAUGGCACUAUGUGCUCUUAGCAUAACAGUUAAGAUGUUUCAAAGGACUUCAUCUAAAAAGGCUUUCUCAGAUAAUUACUCUCUCGUCGUCUAUGAUUAUUCAUUUUUGCAGCACUGCACAAAGAAUUUUUCAGAUAAAGUGGGGCAAGGUAGCUUUGGUUCAGUGUUCAAAGGAUUGCUCCCAGACUCCAAACUAAUAGCUGUCAAGAAGCUUCAAGGCAUGAAACAAGGAGAGAAGCAAUUUCACACCGAGGUGAGGGCUUUAGGGAAAAUUCACCAUAAUAAUCUAGUCCACCUCAGUGGGUUCUGCUUGAGAGGAGCCGAAAGGAUGUUGGUUUAUGACUUUAUGGUGAAUGGAUCUCUAGAUGCUCAUCUCUUCAAGGAUGAGAAGAUAUUGGAUUGGAAUACCAGAUUCCUAAUUAUUCUAGGUGUUGCAAAGGGAUUACAUUAUCUCCAUGAUGAAUGCCAGGAGUGCAUCAUACAUUGUGAUAUAAAGCCUGAAAAUGUACUUCUUGAUGUAAACUUCAGUCCAAAACUGGCUGACUUUGGUUUGGCGAAGCUUAUGGAUAGACAUUUUAGCAGGGCCUUGACAACUAUGAGAGGAACAGCAGGGUAUCUUGCACCAGAAUGGAUUGGAGGUCUUCCCAUAACACCAAAAGCAGAUGUAUACAGCUACGGAAUGAUGUUAUUUGAGAUAAUUUCGGGCAGAAGGAAUUCAGAAUUGAUGGAGAACGGAACCAUAAGGUACUUUCCAGUGUGGGCCACAAUAAGGAUAAGUGAAGGUGACAUUUCUGAAAUUCUGGACCAGAGACUAAAUGACGUGAAUUUUCAAGAGCUAGAGAGAGCAUGCAAGGUUGCAUGCUGGUGCAUUCAGGACAAUGAGUCUCACAGGCCAACCAUGCGGCAAAUAGUUCAAAUCUUGCAGGGCAUUCAAGAUGUCAGCGUGGCCCCAGUACCGGUAUUUUUAAAACAACUAGUGGAUGGAGAAUACAUUAGCUCAUAA